AUGGCAUCUUCUACGAUCCUCAUCUUCGGCGCAACCGGCCCAGCAGGCGUUUGUUUGCUGCGCGAGAGCCUCUUCCGCAAACAUGCCACGGUCGCCUACGUGCGCAAUGCCUCGAAGCUUCCUGACGACCUCACCAAGAACCCUCUGCUUGAGGUAGUAGAAGGCCAGAUGGAUGAUACAGACAAGCUCAGUCUCGUCGUUUCAAGGGCUGCAGUCAUCAUUUCCCUUCUGGGACCGACCGGAAAGACUACAGGGGAGUAUCCAUACCCGGGCUAUUACUCGACCAUUAUUCCGUUGGUGCGCCAGCACUCGGUCAAGCGCAUCCUCGUCUUGGCCACCGUGUCCGUCGAAGACAGCGACGAUAAGUCCUCCUUCGUGCGUCGCGCUUUGGUGACGGGCGUCAAAUACGGGUUCGCGGCAGCCUAUCGCACCAAUGUGGCCAUAGCAAAGGUAUUCCGGGAGACUGCCGAGGGUGUCAACUGGACAGUCUUCCGCGUCGGCAUGGUUCAGGGCGAGCAUGACGAGGGGAGCUGGCGGAAUGACAGGCAGGGUGUCGUCUUCGCGGGAUCGGUCGGCGAGCCUGGCUGGACUUGGAACAUCAAGAGGGGCGCUUUGGCGAAGUGGCUCAUCGAUCGUGCUGAGGUUCCGAACGAAACUCUGGCCAACCGGACGCCUGCUGUGAGUAACCUCAAGGCAUAG